AUGGAGCUACGAGAGGCCGCUCGAUCCGGCCCUCCGCACGCGUUCAAUCCGCUCCAUCUCUUCCGCGGGCUCCGCACCGCUGCGGCUUUGCUGCUCGCCGUGCUGCUCAAUUUCGGCCUGCGCGCUGACAGCCCCAUGGCGGCCAGUGCGGAGAUGCAGGGGGCCAAUGGGAAUUCCCUGGAGAGGGCCUCGAAGACCUCCGACCUGGACCUGUCGACGGUCAUCCCCAUGACAUUUGGCACCCCCAACUCCACCAUUGUGUCAGCCCAGUCGGGCUCAACGGCGCUUUUGCCCUGCGUGGUGCGCAACAUCGGCGACGGCAUGGUGUCGUGGAUCAAGCGGAAGGACGUCCAACAUCUCCUGACCGUCGGCCUGGUGACUUACUCGAGCGAUGGGCGCUUCUCCGCGGUCCACUUCCACCACAGCGAGGACUGGACCCUGCAGAUCAAGUACGUCCAGGAGAGAGACGCCGGCUUGUACGAGUGCCAAGUGUCUACCCACCCACCCACGAGUAUAUUUUUGCACCUAGAGGUCGUCGAGGCGAGAGCAGAGAUAGCCGGGCCAGCGGAAAAGUUCGUGAGGCCCGGAUCCACCCUGCAGCUGCACUGCCAGGUGCAGCGGUCGACGGAGGCGCCGUCCUACCUGUUCUGGUAUCACAACUUCAGGAUGAUCAACUACGACGUGGACAGAGGCGUGAACGUGAGCACGGACCUGUCGAACCGCGAGAGCUGGCUGGUCGUGCCGCACGCGGCCGACCGGCACUCGGGCAACUACACCUGCGAGGCGAGCAACGCGCAACCCGGAAGGGUGCUGGUGCAUAUCUUCAACGGGGACAACCCUGCGGCCAUGCAACACAGCCUGGCUUCGACCCCCUCGUUGAUGGUGUGUCUGGGGGUGAUGGCGUUGUCCACGGCGGUAAAGCAGGCCCUGUGUCCUCAGUUGAACAUCGAGCCCUGCUGA